GGUGAGAUUACACGAGCCAAAGUAGUAAACCCCAGCUCCCGGUUCCCGCUCCUUCAUCUUCUUCUUCCAACCUCUUCAAGCCUCUCUCCAAUGGCAGCAAUCCACAAUCUCGCGGUGAUCCUCAAGAACCCGCAAAACGACGCCGAGUUCCUCCUCGUGAAACAGACGCGACCGCCGAGAUUCGGCGACGAUGAGUACGAUUCCUACGUGGAUUCCGAUCUCUGGGACCUGCCCUCGACGCAGCUGAACCUUCUGGAGGCAGAGUCUGAGUCCCAGAUUGUUGUGGAAGGCGCAGAACGGUGUUCUGAGAAGAUCAAUUUGGGGAAAUUCGAUAUCAGUUGUGCUCUCCAGCGGGUUUUGGAUCAAGUUGGGCUUGUGGGCACUGGUGGGGGAGAGUGGAAGUUCUGGAAGUAUGUGGAGGAAGUUGAGUUUGGACCGGGUUUGCCGGUUCAUACUGUGUUCAUUACGGGACAAUUGGUGGCUGGGGAUCAAAAUCUACAAGAGCAGUGCAAGUGGAUGUCAGUCCAAACAUGUCUAAGCUGGCUUCUGGAAGUGAAACCAGGUAGUGAUCGUGUGGGACCUCUAGCAGUUGUUGGUCUUAUAAAUGACUCAAUGCAACCGGCAGAUCAAAAACUCCCACCCAUCUUACCACAUCAGGAGUACCCUCCUGGUGUUAAAAUUGUACCUAUGGGAAGUAGGACAGCAAAGCCUUUUGGUACAACAAACUUGGUUGUAUUUGCACCUGAAAAUGUUUCAAAUGAAAGUGAGAAAAAUAGUUUUGUUGCUUAUGGGGAUGCAUUGAUAGUGGAUCCAGGAUGUCGGUCUGAAUUCCAUGAAGAGCUCCAAAAAAUAGUUGCUGCUUUGCCACGAAAGUUGGUUGUAUUUGUUACCCAUCACCAUCGGGAUCAUGUAGAUGGUCUUUCAAUUGUCCAAAAGUCCAAUCCUGAUGCUACUUUAUUAGCACAUGAAAAUACAAUGCGGCGCAUUGGAAAAGGUGAUUGGUCUCUUGGCUAUACCUCAGUUUCUGGGGCAGAAGAUAUUUGCAUUGGUGGUCAGCGACUAAGUGUCAUUUUUGCACCGGGACAUACAGAUGGCCACAUGGCACUGCUUCAUGAGAGUACUCAGUCAUUGAUUGUUGGUGACCAUUGUGUUGGUCAAGGAAGUGCUCUUUUGGACGUUACUUCUGGUGGAAAUAUGGCUCAAUACUUCCGUACAACAUACAAAUUUAUGGAGCUUUCCCCACAUGCUUUGAUUCCCAUGCAUGGGAGAGUUAACCUGUGGCCAAAACACAUGCUUUGUGGAUAUCUCAAGAACCGCAGAAGUAGAGAAGCUUCUGUCUUGAAGGCAAUAGAAAAUGGAGCAGAAACAUUGUUUGACAUAGUUGCAUAUGUAUACUCUGAGGUUGAUCGCAGAUUAUGGAUUCCUGCUGCAUCCAAUGUGAGACUUCAUGUGGAUCACCUGGCCCAGGAUGAUAGGUUACCAAAGGCAUUUUCGAUUCAGAAAUUCCGAAAAACUUGUCGGCUGCGUUUCUUUUCCCGGUGGAUUUGGGCAUACAUUAGUUGUGGUCUGCAGUUAAAUUAUCAGAAGGUAAGGACAUCUACAACAUUUAUUGUUGGUACAGUGGCUAGCAUUGCCGUGUUGUACUUGGUUAAUAGGUUGAGUUCCAAAUGAGACCCAUUAGGGCGUACAUUCUGGAAACCCAUGACAAUCCAUGUGUAUAAGAUAUAUAUAUCAGUGAUCGGACCUUUUACUUUCA